AUGAUAUUUGAGAGAGCUCGCGAGCUAAUGAGUAGAAAGAAGAGUCGUGUAGAAAGUGCGGAGAACAGUGGCCAUGGUGAGGGCCAUAGUGGGGAUGUAUGUGACAUAGAGACUACGGCUGUUGAAAUAGCCAAUCCAACGAGCCCUGUAGCGCACAGUCUUGACAUUGACUCGGAUACACCACUCUCACAGCGUCGCACACGAAGAACAAAUCGCAGACUGCCAAAACAAUUUCGUGAUAUACUCCCCCAGCCUUCAUUAUCAUUACCCUCAAGUAUCCAACAGCCGCUUUCAGCACCACAGCCAGGUUGUGAAAGUCGCAGCCCACCUCUAAAUGAGCCACCACCCAGUACUCAGACCGGUGGUGCCCUGACUCAAACAUUGUUUCGCACAGUCAAGAAUAUAUUUGGAGUACUACGACAGUACACCCAUGGGCCACCAUCUCACAAUGCCAGUGAUCACCAGUCCCCUCACGAGCUCUGUACACCAUUGUACCCCCACAAUGAUUCUAUGAACAUAUUGUCAUCGUCAUCAUCCGAGAUCCAUCCGCAAUGCAGCACUCAAAGCACCAACCCCUAUCAUCCAUAUCCAAAUAAAAGCACCCUUCUCCUAGGUGACUGGUACUGGAACCAUGGUGCCCGCAAGUCACAGGAAAACUUCUGCAUGCUUUGCGACAUUAUCGGUGAACAAGGCUUCUCACCAGCUGAUGUCAGCGGCGCAAACUGGCGUAAGAUUGAUGAAUCACUUGUCACAGUGGGCGACAGCAAUGGCAAUAGCUCAGACUGGCUGGACGACGGUUGGAGGACAAGUCCAGUCACUAUUUCUGUCCCAUUCCACAAGAGAAUGGCAGAUCCAGGUCCAAAGGAAUUCAUUACUGCCGACUUUCACUAUCGCUCCAUACUAUCUGUCGUUCAAGAAAAACUUGCUAAUGAACAUGAAAUGGACUCUUUCCACUAUGUCCCCUAUGAACUUCACUGGCAACCUGAAGGCCGAGAUGAGACACAACUUUAUGGUGACCUAUAUACAUCUCCAGCAUUUGUUGAGGAAAAUCAGCGCCUACAAGACUCCCCUCCAGAACCUGGGUGUGAUCUGGAGAGGUGUAUACUAGCACUGAUGUUCUGGUCCGACGCAACACAUCUCACGUCGUUUGGCAAUGCAAAGCUGUGGCCUCUAUACAUGUUUUUCGGCAAUGAUACAAAAUACAGGAGAUGCAAGCCUAGUUGCCACUUGUGUCAUCACAUUGCAUACUUCCAAACACUCCCAGAUUCAUUCAAGGAUUUUGCAAAUGCAUUUGCGGGUGGCAAAGGAGUUAAUGAUGCUUUCAACACACACUGCCAUCGGGAGUUCAUGCAUGCACAAUGGACCAUCCUUCUUGACAAGGAGUUUAUUGAAGCUUGCAAGCAUGGCCUUGUAAUUACGUGUUCUGAUGGUAUAAAACGGCGUUUUUACCUUCGCAUCUUCACAUAUUCUGCGGACUAUCCGGAAAAGUAA